GUAAAACCCACUUCAUUCUGACACUCGGACUGCAAAGACGUGACAUAGACAAAUCAUGGCUCAAGUCAAUCGUGCGGAAGACAAAUCGAAUCAAAAAGACAGCAGCGGGGACAGCGACGAUGGUGAGAGGUCGGCGAAGGAUCACAACAGCUAUUUCACCUGUCUGGUGUGCAUGCGCACGGCCCACAUUCCCAGGGUGAGCUUCUGUGGCCACCACUUCUGCGCCAAGUGCAUCCGCGACUGGAUGAACACCCAGGGUGCCCGGGCCAAGUGCCCCUAUUGCCAAUCCCGGGUCGGCGAGAACACGCUCAUCACCGUGCGUCACUCGAAGACACUGGACCGCUCGCUUUCUUGCCGGUCCAUCCAUGAGCAUCGUCGCCGGAUGGUCAUGAGCAGCGAAUACGUCAGGGAGUUGGCCAUUCUGCCCGAGGCGAGCAUGUUCAUGCGAGGCUACAUCGAAUAUCCGCCGGAGGCAAUGCCAAGGAUCAGGCCCCUGCCGCCCCAGAUGCUGCGCCAGCUGUCCUGUCAUCCCACCCGGCGCAAGUACUUGGACCCCAUGCUCUUCCAGCGCGCGCUAACCUACAUCAUCAUGCUGUUCCUAUUCGUCAUGUACCAGAAUGGCAUUUAGCUGGCUGCUGAACUUUACGCGUUUUCCAAAUUCCAAACCCAUUGAAGCGAAUUUCGUAUUUUUCUAUUCUGUUACACGUUGAAUGCUUUUUUAAAGCCGCCCGCUCCACAUUAGUGGUUAGUUCGAUUUUGCUACGGUGGCACAGUGUACCAGAUACGCUCAGACUGUUAAAAAUUAUAUGAA